AUGAAAACUUUACUUGUGACUUGCGGGGCCACGGUAUCAUUUCCAAAGCUCAUAUGUUCAGUUAUAUCUGCGCCUUUCAUUGGGGAAUUAAAAUCAGAUGGUUUCGAACGUUUAAUAGUACAAUUUGGUAAAGACUAUCGCGAAGAAUUUGCGGGAAAGCUGGAUAACGAACUUUUUAUCGAAGUGGAAUGUUCUAUCUCAACAGCAGAGCUGGGCACAGUAAACACACCUGUUAGCAGAACGCUCAUGGCCAGUCAUUUCGAGAUUAUAGGAAUUGAUUUCUCCUCAAAGAUACAGCAUGUUAUAAAAGAACAUGCUGAUCUAGUUAUAUCGCAUGCGGGUACAGGAUCUAUUCUCGAUUCACUCAGAUUAGCCAAACCGUUGAUUAUUUGCGUAAAUGACGACCUAAUGAACAACCAUCAACAACAGAUUGCAGAUAAAUUCGAAUCGUACGGAUACGUAUGGGCGUGUUCGGCCAAACCGAAAGAUUUGCUCAGAUGCUUGACCAGAUCCCGUUCAGAAGUUUUGAAGCCAUUCCAAGCUACUCGGAGUGACGCUUUUGAAGGAAGACUGAAGUUUCUGGCCUUUUCGUAA